GGAAAUCUCAGUUUUUUAGAGGGUUGGAGUUCACGGGCUCUUGCUUAAGAGCUCUUCCCUUGGUGGUGUAUGAUAUUUAGUCGGAGAACAAAAAAAAGAGCGGACGCCUUGUAUAAAGUGCUGCGACACCCUGUUAAGAGAGGAGUUGGGGUGGCAGGGGGGACGAGGAUUGCCUCGUUCCUUCCCCCCAGCAUUCAAGAUGCCCGUGAAAGGAGACCGGCUGUUUUCCCACAGGCGAGAGCUGUCAGCCUGGGUCCCUGCUCCAGGCAUGGAAGAGCUGAUAUGGGAGCAGUAUACUGUGACCUUGCAAAAAGACUCCAAAAGAGGAUUUGGUAUUGCUGUGUCUGGGGGAAGAGAUAACCCGCAUUUUGAAAAUGGUGAAACAUCAAUUGUCAUCUCAGAUGUACUUCCAGGUGGGCCUGCAGAUGGACUACUUCAAGAAAACGACAGAGUGGUUAUGGUUAAUGGCACCCCCAUGGAGGAUGUACCCCAUUCGUUUGCUGUUCAGCAGUUGAGAAAAAGUGGGAAGAUAGCUGCUAUUGUUGUCAAGAGACCCCGCAAAGUGCAGCUCGCUCCUUUAAGAGGCAGCCCUUCCAUGGAUCUAGAUGAACGGGCUUUCAGUGUAAUGGAUGACCAAGCAGAGUUUGAUGGCAGAAGUGCCCGCAGUGGAUACAGUGAAAGGAGCUGGCACAGUGGCAAUGGAGGACGUAGCCGCAGUUGGGAUAAUAGCCCUGAAAGAAGACUUCCCCAUGACCAAACUCGUGGCCGAGAGAGGAGCUACAGCCGUGAACGGAGUCGGGGCCGGAGUCUGGAGAGAGGGUUAGAUCAGGACUACGGGAGAGACAGGAGCCGAGGCCGAAGCAUUGACCGGAAUGAUAGUUAUGACCGUGGCUAUCGAAGAGAUUACAGUCCACCCGCGGAGUAUAGCCAGAGGUAUCCAACUAAUGUUAGAUAUGAGAUGAGGAAGAGUCACAGUCGAGAUCAACUGCAUUCCAGAAGUCCCACUCCUGAGAUGCGGCGUCGGCCAGAUCACUUGGAGCAGCAUGACAUAGAAAGACCCAUUGAUGUCCUUUUGACAAAAAGCAAACCCAAUGAAGAAUAUGGUCUCCGACUUGGGAGUCAGAUUUUCAUAAAAGAAAUGACUAGAACUGGUCUGGCAACUAAAGAUGGCAAUCUUCAUGAAGGGGACAUAAUUCUUAAGAUCAAUGGCACUGUAACAGAAAAUAUGUCUUUAGCUGAUGCCCGAAAACUGAUAGAGAAAUCAAGAGGGAAACUCCAGCUAGUAGUCCUGAGAGACAGCAAGCAGACUCUAAUCAAUAUACCUUCAUUACAUGACAGUGACUCAGAAGUAGAAGAUAUCUCGGAAAUAGAAUCAAACCGAUCAUUUUCUCCAGAUGAGAGGAGGCCCCAUUGUUCUGAUUUUGAUUAUCAUUCCUCAAAUGAAAAGCUGAAAGAGAGGGCAAAAGAGGAUACACCAACUAGGCUUUCCAAGAUGGGAGCAACACCCACACCAUUUAAAUCCACUGGUGAUACUGUUACAGCUGUUGUCUCAGAAAACAAUAAGGAAUCCAAAUACCAAGAUGACCUCCCAGUUACUCAACCUAAAGCAGCACCAAGAACUUUUCUUCGGCCAAGUCCUGAAGACGAAGCGAUAUAUGGCCCAAACACCAAAAUGGUGAAAUUCAAGAAAGGAGAUAGUGUAGGCCUCCGAUUGGCUGGUGGAAAUGAUGUUGGGAUAUUUGUGGCUGGCAUUCAAGAAGGAACUUCGGCAGAACAAGAGGGUCUACAAGAAGGAGACCAAAUUCUAAAGGUGAACUCUCAGGAUUUCAGAGGCUUGGUUCGAGAGGAUGCAGUUCUCUAUCUAUUAGAAAUUCCCAAAGGUGAAAUGGUGACUCUUUUAGCUCAGAGCAGAGCAGAUGUAUAUAGGGACAUUCUGGCCUGUGGCAGAGGGGACUCGUUUUUCAUCAGGAGCCACUUUGAAUGUGAAAAAGAAUCACCUCAGAGCUUAGCAUUCACAAGAGGGGAGAUUUUCAGGGUAGUGGAUACACUGUAUGAUGGCAAGCUGGGUAACUGGCUGGCUGUGAGAAUUGGAAAUGAACUGGAAAAAGGCAUAAUUCCAAAUAAAAGCAGAGCUGAACAAAUGGCCAGUGUACAGAAUGCUCAGAGAGACAACUCUGGAGACAGGGCAGAUUUCUGGAGAAUGCGUGGCCAGAGAUCUGGAAUGAAAAAGAAUCUGAGGAAGAGUCGAGAGGACUUGACUGCCGUAGUAUCUGUUAGCACCAAAUUCCCAGCUUAUGAAAGGGUUCUACUUCGAGAGGCUGGUUUCAAGAGGCCUGUGGUCUUGUUUGGACCUAUAGCUGAUAUCGCUAUGGAGAAGUUGGCCAAUGAAUUGCCUGAAGUGUUUCAAACUGCUAAGACAGAACCAAAAGAUGCAGGAUCUGAGAAGUCCAGUGGAGUUGUGCGAUUGAAUACUGUGAGGCAGAUUAUUGAACAGGAUAGGCAUGCACUUCUGGAUGUGACCCCUAAAGCUGUGGAUUUGUUAAACUAUACCCAGUGGUUCCCAAUUGUGAUCUUCUUCAACCCAGACUCUAGACAGGGAGUGAAAACAAUGAGACAGAGGUUGAAUCCUACAUCUAACAAGAGUUCUCGGAAGCUAUACGAUCAAGCCAGUAAACUAAAAAAGACUUGUGCCCAUCUUUUUACAGGUACAAUCAAUCUCAAUUCAGCCAAUGACAGCUGGUUUGGCAGCUUAAAAGAUUUAAUUCAACAGCAGCAAGGAGAAGCAGUCUGGGUGUCUGAAGGAAAGUUGGAAGGAAUGGAUGACGAUAUGGAUGACCGAAUGUCCUACCUAACUGCUAUGGGUGCUGACUAUCUGAGCUGUGACAGCCGCUUAAUCAGCGACUUCGAAGACACAGAUGGAGAAGGAGGUGCGUACACUGAUAAUGAACUUGAUGAACCAUCAGAGGAGCCCCAAGUUUCUUCAAUUACCCGCUCAUCUGAACCAGUGCAACAUGAAGAGAGCAUAAGGAAACCCAGCCCUGAGCCAAGGGGUCAGAUGAGGAGGGCUGCUAGUAGAGACCAACUUAGGGAUACUAGCCCACCUCCAGCAUUCAAGCCUGAGCCACCAAAGGCCAAAUUCCAAAACAAAGAGGAACCCUAUGACAUUCCCAAGUCCUAUGAAUACAAACCAAACAACUCUGUUACUGCCAGUAAUGAAAUUUCCGGGGCAGCCACUAAAACAUAUGCUCCACCUGUUCCUGUAAAACCUGCCUUUGGACGUUCUAUAUUGAAGCCUUCUGCAGCUACUUUCUCUUCCCAAGAAAAUGAGGAGGAGGAAGGAAAUGGGGAAGAAACAGAAAAUACUCCCAAGUCAGUUCUGGGCAAAGUUAAAAUAUUUGAGAAGAUGGAUCACAAGGCAAGGAUACAGAGAAUACAAGAACUCCAAGAAGCACAGAAUGCAAGGCUUGAAAUUGCUCAGAAGCAUCCUGACAUCUAUGCUGUCCCCAUCAAAGCACCAAAACCAGACCCCAGCUCAUCCCAGGUCACAAGUUCCAGACCCCCUGAGCCUCAGAAACCACCUUCAAGACUAUACCAAGAUUCUAGGGGAAGUUACAGCAGUGACAUUGAAGAAGAAGAAUACCGCCAGCAGUUGUCAGAACAUUCCAAGCGUGGAUAUUAUGGACAGCCAGCUAGAUACCGGGAUACUGAAUUAUAGAUUUUGUUGCAUUCUGAGUGUUCCUGUCGCCACAUCAAAAUAGCACUCCUAGUAAAUCCCAGUGAUGGCAAUUGUUCAGUUAAAAUAGACUUUGAAGAUCUGGUGGGGCUUAAAAUUAUAUUUUUUUGGAAUGGGGUGGGGUGGGGGGUGGAGGGAGGUUGAUAGUUUGAGACAAAUCCACACACUGGAACUAGAGCACAUCAUUUUUGUAAAUGGGUUGGGGUUUUGUUGUUUGCUCAGCAUUAAGUGAAACACUACUGUCCCAUUGCUGUUUCUUGUUUCACAUGGACCAAAAGCUAUUUCAAGAGGUGUAUUAAUUUGUUUUCAUAUUUUUAAUAUUUGUAUUAAAUGUUAACUAUUUUUCUUCAUUACAGCUGCCUUUAGGAGAUUGUACUGAUAUAGGCAGAAAUGUAAGAAAAGGAAUAAGAACACUUGGGCUGAAUUAAGUUCAAAGAAGUAUUUUAUUAAGUAUUUUAUUACUGCUCUCAAAGUGCCUUUAACAAGAAAUGUCUUAAAUUUUCUUCCUGCAAUAAUUAUGCAAAGCCAUAAUGGACUAAAGAGUUUUUUGACUAAUUUUUGUACUUGUUCAUAGCUAGAGCUUUCCUGCAUGGCAUCUCAUUGCCAAGGUUUUUAUCUAUGUGAGUCCUGGUUCUUUGCAUUUGUGCUUGUAUGUGUACAUAAUAUAUAUAUAUAUAUAUAAAAAGAUGUCCUUGGUAGUGUGGCUGUACUACUAAGAAGCUUGAAGACCAAAAAGAUGAUGUAGAAAUUCAGUUCAUUAUGGUUUUUAACCUUGUAUUCCACAGAAUCAAAUAAAUAAUCUAUAAAAGCACUUCCCAUUGUGCUUUGUUAAAUAUAUGUGUAUAUAUAUGUAUGUGUGUGCGUGUAUACAUGUAUAUGUGUGUGUAUAUAUAUGUAUAUACACACAUACACACAUAUGUUGACAAUGAGGGCUGUAUGUGUUUUAACUGAAUAAAAAGCAGUACGUUGCAAUGA